AUUUGUGUUUUUAUUUAAUAGUUUCAGAUGAGGAAUAAUUGAACAAAAUGUUGGUUCAGGAACCAGUAGAAACUGCUAUCUGGCAUUGUUUGAACCACUACGCAUACAACGAUGCUACUUUUCUCGCGGAAAGAUUGUUUGCUGAGACUGGUUCGGACGAGUGUCUCUACCUUGUAGCAACCUGCUACUAUAGAGCGGGAAAGGUAGAUCAGGCCUUUCAUAUCUUGCAGGCUCAGGGAUUGAGAACCUCGUCCACCAAGUAUCUGUUCGCCAAGUGCGCGGUAGACCUGGAAAAAGAUUUCGAGGCAGAGAAUAUUCUAAAUGGAAACCUAGAUCCUAGAAGAGAGUUAAAUCUGGAUGACUUCACCUCAGAGUUCGGAGAUAAGUCAUCAUUCGCUCUUCAGUUGCUUAGUGGCAUAUACGAUAGAACAGAACGUAGAAAUAAAGCUAUUGACGCUGACAAGAAAAGUCUCCGACUAAAUCCGUUCCUAUGGAGUUCAUACGAGGCUGUUUGCAACAAGGGGGAGUUUAUUUCUCCGGAUAAAAUGUUCGAUCUAGAUCAUGUUGAUAACUUCUCCUACUGCCAGGGAGUGAAUCCUCUAGUUAAUUUAGUGAAUUCCAACCUAGAAUUUAAACCUGAGAGUGUUCCUGAAUCCCAGGGUUUAUCUCCCGGGAUUCAGCAGAAAAUCUUCCAAACUCUCCAGCAGCCCCAGAUACCCUCUACUCCACAACAAAUGUCUGCAACUCCUCAACAGUUGUCAGCUACUCCUCAACAGAUACUAGCACCCCCUCAACAGAUACUAGCUACUCCCCAACAGAUACUUUCUACUCCUCAACAAUUAACUUCUACCCCACACCAUCCCUUCUCCUCAGCCCCACAAUCUUUUGUUGAUACUCCAAGCUUCCAUCCAACCCCUCUAUCCUUCUCUGCAACUCCCCAGCAGAAUGCUACUCCCAUGAAUAUUCCCACAAUAAAUGUGAACGACUCCUCCCUGAACCUGGGUACUCCACGGCAGAAUCUAAUGGAGACUCCUUUACUCUACUGGAACAGUGUAUCUACUCCAAUGAGUGGUGGAGUGGUUGGAACUCAUAUAUCCGGUAUAUCUCUACUGAAUAAUAUCUCGGAUCUAGACUUAUCCAAAAAUUGCGGAAACAUGCCUCCACCACUCAGACCUAAGCUGAAGAGGUUUAGAACAGGAGGAGUAGGAGUAGGGUCCGGAACAUAUAGUCCAACUUUUGGAACCCUUGAGUGCAACCAAAGUCCAGCUCUACCGUUCGGAAUUACCGCGAGAAUCCUCGAGUUCUCCUCUCCUCAGAUAGCAAUUCUCUCUCCUGUUAUAACAGUGGUUAAACGGAAACCCUCUCUUCCUGUCAGUCCGAUGCCUCUUUCAUCUAGACCAUCUACUCCAAGCGCCCCCGUCCUAUCUGACGAAACGAAGCUCUUGAAGAGGGUUGCUAUGUCGGCUAAACCGGAGAACCAGAAGCCGGCUGUUCUAGUUCCAUCAGGGGGGAACGUUAGGACUCCUCAGAAUACUUUACCAACUCGGAGAUCUUCUAGACUCUUCGGUUCAACUCAGUCUGUGAAGGAGAACAGCAGUAAAAAUAGAAUAUCAAUUAAAAGUCCUUCCAGAAAAUCUAAGCCAAGACAGCCAAGAGAAAAACAAUUGUCUGAGAUGGAGAAAAACGAGAGAAAUAAGCCCGGGCUCGAGAAUAAAAACAUUAAAGAAAAGUUUCUCUCAAACUCUGAGAUUAAACCGGAGAAGCCGAAAUGCCAAGAGAACCCCUUGAGCUUUGCGAACAUUAACCUCGAGGCCGCCAAGAUACAGAGGUCCAGUGCUUCCGGUCUCAUGAGCCUUCUUCGUAACCUCGGUCGUGUUUACAUGGAGGCUAGUAAAUACAACUCCAGGGAGGCAAUCAGACUUUUAGAGGAAAUCCCAGACCAUCACGGAAAGUCAAGCUGGGCGUUAGCUCUACGCGGUAAAUGUCAUUUUGAGCUGGCGGAGUACAAGGAGGCGGCCGAACUAUUCAGGAUUCUACGCGACCAGGAUCCUCUCAGAUUAGAAAUGAUGGAAUACUACAGUACUGCACUCUGGCAUAUCCAGGACGACGUUGAGUUGUCAGCUUUAGCACAAGAUCUGACCCAGAGAAACAAGAUGUCUGCCGUGUCAUGGUGCGCCGCUGGAAAUUGUUUCUCACACCAAAAGGAACAUGAAAAUGCCAUCAAAUUUUUCCAGCGGGCGGUCCAGGUGCAGCCCAGGUUUGCAUACGCAUACACACUUCUGGGUCACGAGUACGUGUUUGUCGAGGAAUUAGAUAAGGCGUUAGUAGCGUUUAGGACCGCAGUUAGGUUGGAUAGUAGACAUUACAACGCCUGGUACGGGAUAGGGCUCACAUACUACAAACAGGAGAGAUUUCAACUAGCGGAGAUAUAUUACCGUAAAGCCCUGGGUAUAAACCCCUACUCUCCUGUUCUAAUGUGUCACGUGGCUGUGGUUCAGCACGCGCUGCAGAAGUCAGAUAAGGCGCUUCAAACGCUUAACACUGCCAUCAAACUGGCGCCAAAGAAUGCGCUCUGUAAGUUCGAGCGCGCUUCAAUCCUGCACAGUAGUGAGAGAUAUGCUGACGCGCUUCAGGAGCUCAAUGAUCUUAAAGAUAUUGUUCCUAAGGAGUCUCCUGUUUACUUCCUCCUUGGAAAGGUUCACAAUAAGUUAGGGAACACUCAUCAUGCUCUGAUGCACUUCUCAUGGGCCAUGGAUCUGGACCCAAAGGGUGCAAACUCACAGAUCAAGGACGCCUUGGACCCGGCCCAUAACAGGGUAGGCCAAGAAAGUGAACUUGAGGAUGAAUUAAAUAGUCAGGACGAAAUGGAUUCAAGAAAUCAAAAUGCAAUCGAUCAUACAGGAGAGGAUUCUGUGUUUGGUGAGAACUAUUCAGGGGGAGCUGUAGACCAACCUGGAACAUCAAUGAUCCUCAAUGAAAGUGAUGAUAAACCUUCCUUCUCCCUUUAACAACGGUUGGUAGUUUUUGUCCAAUAGUUCUGCCGGUUGGUAGUUUAUGGAAGUUCCAAUUAACGGAAGAGAUCUUAUUUCUACGACACAUUUGUAGUGAAAGGAAAAGUGUUAAUUUUGAAUCCUAAGAAUUAUCUUCUGUUAUUAGCCAAUGUUUUAAUGAA